GUCACAUAUUUGCCACAUCACUCACAGACGGAGAGAGAGAGAGAGAGAGUACCUUAGUGACUUGGGAGGGACCUGACUGGUCACACAACUCCACAAAGUCAGCAACAGAGUCAGGUCCUACAGUGGAGGGAAUGAAUCGGAGAUUCACUAACAACCCCAUGAAUCCAGAGCAUCACCAGAGGCAUCCAAGGGAGCAACGAGAUGAAGUGGACGAGCUCAGCCAAGGUCAGGGCACGGGAACACCCCCAACACCUGGAGCCCAACCGCAACAUGUGGGAGGAUAUUCAAUAACUGCACCAAAUCAGAGCAGGAGAGAUAAACUACAGGCAACUGCAAACAAAGAACUGGAAGAUCUGGAAAAAUGGAAGGAAGAACACAGAUAUGGGCCAAUCAACCUGACUCCCAUAGAGCUAGGUGGAUCCAUUUCACAGACUGAAGCAAGGCAACAACAGCAAAGGAAACAACAACUGUCUAAGUAUCAGCAGAGAGCUAAGAAAGAAGAAUAUGACAGGAAGAAGAGAGAACAGGAAGAAGCUGAACUCCAGAAAAUGAAAGCGAUUCAGAGGGAAAAGGCUAAUAAACUUGAAGAAACCAGGAGACAGCAACAAGAGCAGAGGAAAGCUCAGCUACAAACAAACCACUAUCACACCAACCAGCAGUUCUUUCAGAGGAUGGACCCAAACAGAUAUUCUGCAAAUUCAUAUCCAACUUACAGCUCCCCACAGCCAUCUGCUUCAUGGGCUAAGAAAGAAGAAUAUGACAGAAAAAGGAGAGAACAGGAAGAAGCUGAUCUCCAGAAAAUGAAAGCGAUUCAGAGGGAAAAGGCUAAUAAACUUGAAGAAACCAGGAGGCAGCAGGAAGAGCAGAGGAAAGCUCAGCUACAAACAAGCCACUAUCACACCAACCAGCAGUUCUUUCAGAGGAUGGACCCAAACAGAUAUUCCGCAAAUUCAUAUCCAACUUACAGCUCUCCACAGCCAUCUGCUUCAUGGGCUAAGAAAGAAGAAUAUGACAGAAAAAGGAGAGAACAGGAAGAAGCUGAUCUCCAGAAAAUGAAAGCGAUUCAGAGGGAAAAGGCUAAUAAACUUGAAGAAACCAGGAGGCAGCAGGAAGAGCAGAGGAAAGCUCAGCUACAAACAAGCCACUAUCACACCAACCAGCAGUUCUUUCAGAGGAUGGACCCAAACAGAUAUUCCGCAAAUUCAUAUCCAACUUACAGCUCUCCACAGCCAUCUGCUUCAUGGAAUGAUCUCCUGGAAGGAAAGGAGUCUGAGAUGGAAGAAGAAAGACAAAAACAACUUAAAGAAGACCACAGGAGGAAAAACAACACUUUUCUGGACAAGUUGGAAAUGAGGAGCCAAAUGGGUGAGAAUUCCCCCAGCUCCUCACUCGGAUUACCUGCCAACAAUGAUUUGUCUGAACAUGAUACCACACUGAGGCCUGAGGUUGCACAUAACUUGUACAGUGAUUGGGAGGAUCAGACAUACUGUGUUAAUAGUACUGAAGAUGAAGACUACCAGUGGAGUUUGAUGAAGCUGCAGGCCUCCUUUCCUCACUAUGAAAAAGACGUGCUUGAAACUCUUUUGAAAGAAUGCAAUGGAGACCUUGAAAAUGUCACUCAACUGCUUCUGUAAAGGAACUGGAAUGAAUAAGAAUUACUUGGGCUCAUAUUUUUGGUGCUCCAGACUCUUUGUUGUGGAAAUUCUUAUUCUGAUUUGAUUUCUUAGUUAAGGCAACAGCUUUGUAAACUUAGAAUGACAUAAAGAUUUGGUGCAGAUACCGACUGACCUUUGGCAUUUCUCAUAUGCAGAGCGGUAAGAAAAACAGACCAUUUUAAUUUGAUGGAUAUCUCCUGGCCAACAAUUCCCC